ACAAUACAUCUAACUUGUAUGACACCGCAGUUGGCUAGAGUGCUCCAAUUUCUAACUCAAGAGGAGAAUUUCUACUUCCUUACCUCUAUAUGAUGGGAAAGUUUGGAAAAAUAUCAGGCAAAUUCAUGUGAACAGGAAUAAAAAAUAACCAACAAUGUCUGCCACUGAGGAAGAGUUGUGUCACCACAUGAAGGUAGUAGUUCGUGUACGUCCUGAAAACACACAAGAAAAGGCUGUUGGAUUCCAUAAAGUGGUUCAUGUUGUAGAUAAACACAUACUAGUUUUUGACCCUAAACAGGAAGAAAUCAGUUUUUUCCACAGAAAGAAAACUGCAAAUGUUGAUAUUACAAAAAGACAAAAUAAAGAUCUUAAAUUUGUAUUUGAUGCUGUUUUUGAUGAGACAUCAACUCAGAUGGAUGUUUUUGAGCACACCACCAAGCCAAUUCUCCGUAGUUUUCUGAAUGGAUAUAACUGCACAGUUCUUGCAUAUGGUGCCACUGGAGCUGGGAAGACCCACACAAUGCUGGGAUCACCUGCUGAACCUGGAGUGAUGUACCUAACAAUGAUAGACCUCUAUAAGUCCAUGGACGAGAUUAAAGAAGAGAAAGUAUGCAGCACCGCAGUGUCUUAUCUAGAGGUAUAUAAUGAACAGAUUCGGGACCUUCUAGUAAAUUCAGGACCACUUGCUGUUCGGGAAGAUGCCCAGAAAGGAGUGGUAGUGCAGGGGCUCACUUUACACCAGCCCAAAUCCUCAGAGGAAAUUUUACAGCUAUUAGACAAUGGAAACAAGAACAGGACACAACAUCCCACCAAUAGAAAUGCUACAUCUUCUCGUUCUCAUGCUGUUUUCCAGAUUUAUUUGCGACAGCAAGACAAAACAGCAAGCAUCAGUCAAAAUGUCCGUAUUGCCAAGAUGUCUCUAAUUGACCUGGCUGGGUCUGAGCGUGCCAGUGCUACUAGUGCUAAAGGAACACGGUUUGUAGAAGGCACAAAUAUCAAUCGGUCACUGCUAGCUCUUGGGAAUGUCAUCAAUGCCUUAGCAGAUACCAAGAGAAAGAAUCAGCAUGUUCCUUACAGAAAUAGUAAACUUACUCGUUUGUUAAAGGAUUCUCUUGGAGGAAACUGUCAAACUAUAAUGAUAGCUGCUGUUAGUCCUUCCUCUUUAUUCUAUGAUGACACAUAUAACACGCUUAAGUAUGCUAAUCGUGCAAAGGACAUUAAAUCUUCUCUGAAGAGUAAUGUGCUUAAUCUCAACAGUCACAUAUCUCAGUAUGUGAAGAUCUGCAAUGAGCAGAAGGCAGAGAUUUUAAUGUUGAAGGAAAAAAUCAAAGCCUUUGAAGAACAGAAAGCCUUUACUGAUAAAAAUGGCAAAGCACAAUUAAUGAUUUCAAACAUACAGGAAAAAGAAGUAGAGAGAUUUCAGGAAACUCUGAGCUGCUUGUUCCAGAAUCGAGAGGAGAUCAGGCAAGAAUAUCUGAAGUUGGAAAUGCUACUUAAAGAAAAUGAGCUAAAAUCAUUUUACCAGCAACAAUGCCAUAAGCAAGUAGAAAUGAUAUGUUCUGAAGACAAAGUAGAAAAGGCCACUUGCAAACGAGAUCAGAGACUUGAAAUGUUGAAGACUCGCCGCUGCUACCUAGAGAAAAAGAGGGAGGAAGAGUUGAAGGAAUUUGAUGAAAAUACUAAUUGGCUCCAUCGUGUAGAAAAUGAGAUGGGACUCUUAGGUCAAAAUGGUGACAUUCCAAAGGUGCUCAGUAAAGAUCUUCAUCUUCACCAUUUACACCUUCAAAACAACGACCUGAGAGCUCAGAUUAGACAUGUGACAGAUCUGGCUUGUCUUCAGGAGCAACAACACAGGCAGACUGAGGCAGUAUUGAAUGCUUUGCUUCCAGUCUUAAGGAAACAGUACUGCACAUUAAAGGAUGCUGGCCUAUCAAAUGCUGCUUUUGAGUCUGACUUUAAAGAAAUUGAACAUCUGGUAGAGAGGAAAAAAGCUGUUGUUUGGGCUGACCAAACUACUGAACAUCCAAAUCAAAAUGAUUUACCAGGGAUUUCUGUUCUUAUGACCUUUCCGCAACUUGGACCUAUUCAGUCUAUUCCUUGUUGCACAUCAUCAAGUGAAACUUACAUGCUUAAAACUACUCCACAAAAAAGAACCCGGAGAAAAUUGAUGCCUUCUCCCUUAACUGUAAGGCAUGCCCAGAAGUCCAUGGUGGCUGAAAGCUUGCAGCUCAAUGAUUCACUCAGCAGAGAGCUUGAGCCUAUUGUGUAUACUCCCGAAGACUGUAGGAAGCCCUGUCACAACCCAUCUCCAGUGGCCUUAGUAAGGCCAACAUCAUAUCCUGCAAACCUUGAGGUCAGCUCAAGUAUAAACAAGAAUGAUUCUCUGACAAUGUAUGAAGAAGAUAGACCUCUUAAUCAGAGAACAGUGUGUAGACAAGAUUUGAACUCUACAUUUACUGUAUGUGAAGACAUCAGGAAUUUGAAAAGUAAAUUGCCUGAAGACGAAUCAAGCAACAAAAUCAGUUUACAAAGGCUUGACCCUCCAUUCUCAGCUAAGGAUUCUAUGCCCAUGUCAAGCAUAGUGCCAUCCUACAUGGCAAUGACUGCUGCUGCUGAAAGGAAACGGAAAUUAACAAGCUCUACAUCAAAUACUCUAUUAAUUGCUGAAGAAAAACAUGGAUUUGCCAAACGCAUUCGACAGGAUAAUUCAAGUGAUAAGCUUCUAAAAGAAAACAAGCCCACACUCGGGUAUAAAAGAACCAACUAUAAAAUAAAUUCAAGCAUAGUUCAAAAAUUUGGAAGAAACAUUUCAAAAGGAAAUUUACAUUAAAUCACUUCAAGACCAAGGAAGAAAAUGAAAUUAAAUAUGCUUUUAAAAAUGUCAGUGUCUUUUCUGAAAUGUGUUUAAAAUUUUUGUAAGACCCUCUAAAAUUGUUUGCCAAAUAUUUUUAACAAGCAAAAAAAGAAAAAUGAAACGUCUGUAUUGUAAACAUAAAAUUACAACAGAGAAGUUUAUGCUUCAAGUUUCUGUACUUGACAACCCCAGGUCAGCAUGAUUUCAGGUUAGUUUUCCUCUGUCAGGAGUUGAUUAGAAUAUUUUAGCAAACAGUGACUUUAAAUUCCCUUUGUCAUUUUCUAAAAUACAGAUAAUUUAGAAGUCAUAAAAUAACCCAAGAUAUAUUGGUGUUCUAUUAUGUCAUACUACAUGCUUUUACUCAUAUA